GGCGGAGGGCCACUCAGUGCGUCUGCGCGCUUGUGGAGCUGGUGGCGGCGCUCCGCAAGGGCUCAGCUGUUCUCCGCGCGGCGGGCUCGGCCAUGGCGCAGCCGGGGAAGCUGCUCAAGGAGCAGAAGUACGACCGGCAGCUGAGGUUGUGGGGUGAUCAUGGGCAAGAGGCUUUAGAAUCUGCUCAUGUUUGCCUAAUAAAUGCAACAGCCACAGGAACUGAAAUUCUUAAAAACUUGGUACUACCAGGUAUUGGUUCGUUUACAAUUAUUGAUGGAAAUCAGGUCAGCGGAGAAGAUGCUGGAAACAAUUUCUUCCUUCAAAGAAGCAGUAUCGGCAAGAACCGAGCUGAAGCUGCCAUGGAAUUCUUACAAGAAUUAAAUAGCGAUGUCUCUGGAAGUUUUGUGGAAGAGAGUCCAGAAAACCUACUAGACAAUGAUCCUUCAUUUUUCUGUAGGUUUACUGUUGUAGUUGCAACUCAGCUUGCUGAAAGCACUUUACUGCGCUUAGCAGAUGUCCUCUGGAAUUCCCAGAUUCCUCUUUUGAUCUGUAGGACAUAUGGACUAGUUGGUUAUAUGAGGAUCAUUAUAAAAGAACAUCCAGUAAUAGAAUCUCAUCCAGAUAAUGCAUUAGAGGAUCUACGACUAGAUAAGCCAUUCCCUGAACUGAGAGAACAUUUUCAGUCCUAUGAUUUGGAUCAUAUGGAAAAAAAGGACCACAGUCAUACUCCAUGGAUCGUGAUCAUAGCUAAAUAUUUAGCACAGUGGUAUAGUGAAACAAAUGGACGAAUACCUAAAACGUAUAAAGAAAAAGAGGACUUCAGAGAUUUGAUUAGACAAGGAAUUCUAAAAAAUGAAAAUGGGGCUCCAGAGGAUGAAGAGAAUUUUGAAGAAGCUAUUAAAAAUGUGAACACAGCACUAAAUACAACUCAGAUCCCAAGCAGUAUUGAAGAUAUAUUUAAUGAUGAUCGCUGCAUAAAUAUCACCAAACAGACUCCAUCAUUUUGGAUUUUAGCUCGUGCCUUAAAGGAAUUUGUGGCUAAAGAGGGUCAAGGAAAUUUACCUGUUCGAGGCACAAUUCCUGAUAUGAUUGCAGAUUCAGGCAAAUAUAUAAAACUGCAAAACGUUUACCGUGAAAAAGCAAAGAAAGAUGCUGCCGCUGUGGGUAAUCAUGUUGCCAAAUUGCUGCAGUCCAUUGGCCAGGCACCAGAGUCCAUUUCAGAGAAAGAAUUAAAAUUACUCUGCAGCAAUUCUGCAUUUCUUCGAGUGGUAAGAUGUCGAUCCUUAGCUGAAGAAUAUGGUUUGGAUACAAUUAACAAGGAUGAAAUUAUUUCUAGCAUGGACAAUCCAGAUAAUGAAAUAGUGUUGUACUUAAUGUUACGGGCUGUUGAUAGAUUUCAUAAACAACAUGGUAGAUAUCCAGGGGUAUCUAACUAUCAAGUUGAAGAAGACAUAGGAAAGUUGAAGUCUUGUCUCACUGGCUUCCUUCAGGAAUAUGGCUUAUCUGUAAUGGUGAAAGAUGAUUAUGUCCAUGAAUUUUGCCGAUAUGGAGCUGCUGAGCCACAUACCAUUGCUGCGUUCUUGGGGGGUUGGAGUGUAUUGAUGCCAUCAUACUUCGCUGCAACCUCAAACUCCUGGGCUCAAGUGAUCUCUCGCCUCCGCCUCCUGAAUAGCUGGGACUACAGGCAUGUGCCAGUGAGCCUGGCUAAUUUUUCAAUUUUUUGUAGAGACAGGGUCCCACUGUGUUGCUCAGGUUAGGAUACUUAUUCAGUUACCCCUAUACUGGUCUCCCUGCCUUCCAUCUCUCCCACUGCCAUCCAACUUAAACUCCUUAAGAGUCAUUAAUCCUUCUAAAGCAUAGCUCUGAUUGUGUCCUUUUACUAAGCCUCUGCCCCACCAAUAUACAUAACACUCUACAACAGUCCUCCAAGCAAGUCCAGGGACUUUGGCUUGACGUUAAAAAACCCUGUGUUUUGGUUCCACUCGGCCUUUCUAGCCUUGGUUUUAUCAUAUUACUUGCUUUCCCCCCAGGAUGCCCUUUGAUUUCCUGCUCCUAGAUCUUUGCUCCGCUGGGCCUAUUUGCCUUAAAAAUAUGUUUUUCUGCAUGUCCAAAACCUACAUGUUCCUCAAGACCCAACUCAAAAAUGACAUGUCUUUCAUAAAAGCUCCCUUUACUUCCCUCCCUCACUCUACUUCCCCCUUGUCUUAGUCAGUUUAGGCUGCUGUAACAGAAUAUCAUAGACUUACAAACAACAAAAAUUUGUCACAGAGUUCUGGAGGCUAGAAGUCUGGGAUCAGGAUGCCAACAUGGUCAGGUCUGGUGAGCGCCCAUUUCCUGGUUCAUAGACAGCUGUCUCUUCUGUGUUCUCACAUGGUGAAGAAAAAAAUGGCAAGAGAAGUCUCUGGGGUCUCUUCUUAGGGCACUAAUCCUAUUCAUGAAAGUUCCACGCUCUUGACCUAAUCACCUACCAAAGGCCCUAUCCUCAUACAAUUACACUGGACAUUAGGAUUUCAACAUAUGAAUUUGAGGGGGAAACGAACCAUUCAGUCCAUAACUCCCCUCAAAAAAAUAUUACUCUCCUGUGAUCUCCUAUAGACUGAGCUAUUAGCUUGUGGCAUUUUCCCUCUGGAUGUUGAAUGUUUUAAAGGCAGAUUUAGGUCUAAUUAAUAUUUGAAGUGUUCAGAAUGUAAAUGAAUCAUAUAGACCUAAGAAAACUAUUUUCUAAGCAAAUCCAAAUUAAAGCCUGAUUUGGAAUAAUUUAUUUUAAACUAAAACCAAGUAGUCUCUUGUGCCAAAAUAGCAAAGUUAACUGCCAAUUCACAGAAAAGGGCAAAUUAUUAUUUAUUCAGAUUCAGUCCAGAAUCUAAGAAGAGGUACAGCCGGAUGGAUGGACUGGAUGACUUAACUAUAGCAGAAAAAAGUAUAAAUUGAAGGUUUUUUGUUUUUUUUGUUUUUGUUUUUUACUUCUAUGCAUUCUGUAAUCAUUUUGCACAGUGCCAUUAUAUCCCUUCACUUCCUUCAGGUUUUAUUCAAAUGCUGUCUUCUCUGUGAUGCCAUCCCUGACUCCCUUAUUUAAAAGAUGAACCCCGCCUCUUGUAUUUAUAUCUCCCUUAUUUGCUUUUUCUCCUUAGCACCUUAUGGUCAAUUGACAUACUACACAUUCUAUUUAUUUGUAAAUUAUCUCUCUCUUGCUGCUAAAAAGUAGCAUGAGGGUAAGUGGAUCUUUUUGUCUUUUUUCCUUACUGUAUCCCUACUGCCUAGAACAGUAUUUGGUGCACAGUAGUCUCAGAUUCUAUCCAGUCGGCCGAGCGCGGUGGCUAAUGCCUGUAAGGCCUCCGCUUUGGGAGGCUGAGAUGGGCGGAUCACUUGAGGUCAGGAG